UUUGGGGCAGUAGAUUGCAGGUUCGAUUUCCGGGCGGACGCAUAUUUCAUAUUCCAUCAGAAAGUAAUGUUUCAAGCUGAAUUCAAAGCUGUAGAACCAACAUAAGCUUUUAUUAGUGUUUAACAAAUGCAGGAGUAAUGUGAGGCUGGGCGGCUAUCAUUUGAUAAGAUACAAUUUUUUCGAUGCCAUUAGCAUACCAAUAUUUCUUUUUUUUACGGCGUAGUACUUAAAAUAUAAAAAAGUAACAAAAUCUAGGGUCAAAAUUAUAUGUGUAUGACCUUGUUCCAUUUACGAAAUUUCAAUGGGAAAUAAAUUACACGGCUUGCCAGCUGUUGUAUACCGAAGUAGUCCAGCUAAGUUAAAUAAAGCACGCAAGUGUUCGGAAAGCUGUAAUCCACACAAAAAUCUCACAUUCGAAAUUCGAAUACACCUCUACCAAAAUUAAAGUAUUCUUUUUCUCUCUUUGGCAAGGCGCGAUUAAGGUAUUUAUACAACCAACUAAUGCAGGUGUCGCCGUCGGUAAAGAUGAUAACGAAACAAGUGGAAGGUCUAGAUACGACGUCACAAGACCGCCCUAUCAUCGACAUUUUAUUGAUACUAUUGAACGCCGAUAAGAUAUAUUUUGCUAUCUGAUUAGCCGCCCGUACUCCCCAUUGCCGCGUCAGUUGUCAACUCCAAAGGGUCAGUGCUUUGUUCCAACGAAACAUGUGCCGUGAUUGUGUGAUAAAAUGAGAAGAUGUGGUGAAAUAGUGGCCAAUUGGACGGGGAGGCUGUGUGAGUGCCUGCGGUCGUGUGUGCUGCUGAUAUGCUGCUGUUGUCGGAACAAAGUAUCCGCCGCGCAAGAGACCCGGCUGAUAGAGGUCGGCGUGGUGGAGGAAGGCAGCAGGAAGAAGCACAACAAGAUCAAGACGUCCAAGUACACGCUGCUCAUGUUUCUACCCAAGAACCUCACCGAGCAGUUCCGCAGGGUCGUCAACUUCUACUUCUUAAUCGUCACAGUCAUUGCUAUUGUUAUAGAUAGCCCAGUGUCACCGUUUACCAGCAUCUUGCCUCUCUCGUUCAUGGUGCUGGUAACUGCAGCUAAGCAGGGUUACGAAGACUGGCUCCGGCAUAAAGCUGACAAUAAAGUUAAUAAUCAAAUAGUGGAAAUAGUACACAAAGGUGUAAUAAAAGAAGUGAAGAACUCAGCCAUUGCCCCCGGGACUUUAGUAAGGGUGAAGCGAGGAAGGGAGGUGCCGGCAGACCUAGUGCUGCUGUGCUCCGUGGGGGAGAAGGGGAAAUGCUACGUCACCACAGCCAACCUGGAUGGAGAGACCAAUCUCAAAACCUUGAGGGUUCCGCCGCCAUUGAUCGGGUAUACUCCAGACAUCCUUCCCCAACACAUGCGUAUCGAAGUACCGAACCCCGUGGCGGAUCUGUACACGUUCUACGGUCGGUUGGAGAUACCUGGCUUGGACAGCUUGGUACUGUCACCUGAUAACUUGAUGCUGAGGGGUUCCAGGGUCAAGAAUACUGAGUGGGCAAUCGGAUGCGCUGUGUACACGGGAGAAGAAACCAAGCUAGCUCUUAACUCAAAGUACACUGGUAACAAGUUCUCGUCGUGUGAACUGGCCGUCAACGGGUUCCUUUUAUUCUUCAUUCUAGUCCUUGUGGUGGAGAUGUUCGUCUCCCUCGCGGCCAAGCUGCUCAUCGAGCAACGCAACCCUGAGCGCGACCUGUACCUCGGACCAGGGCCUCCCUUCCCACCGCCUAUCUCCUACAUACUACAAGAUCUCUUCUCGUUCCUACUUCUCUACUAUUAUAUCAUUCCUAUGUCCUUAUAUGUUACUAUAGAAUUGUAUAAAUUUAUUGGUGCUCUCUUCAUCGGUUGGGACGAAGACCUCCGUUGCGAGGAGACCGGCCGACCCGCCAUGGCCAACACUUCCGACCUGAACGAAGAACUCGGUCAGGUGGAAGUGCUGUUCUCAGACAAGACCGGCACUCUUACCAAAAACCUCAUGGUGUUCAAGGCCUGCUCCAUCAAAGGUCACGUCUACGAGGAGAGGGACUCUAGACUUUACGAUACCGAGAGAUUUGGCGAACCCGUUGACGUCCUUCAGACAGAUAUCAAAUUUUUCUUCACAAUGCUCGCUCUGUGCCAUUCCGUGCAAGUGUCUAGUGAGGAUAUGAAAAAAAUGAGCGCGAAGCUCUCUGGCACUGGAGAUCUUCAGCUCAUGAACUUCUUCCGAAGAAAGAAGAUAAAGAGCGCCUCCGUGAAUGGUGUCAAUGGUACAAACGGAACAAAUGGUUUAGACAAUAUCUCAUGGAACACUCUCUUAGGGAAUGCAGGAGGCACCAUGGACUACCAAGGCAGUAGUCCUGACGAGAAAGCGCUAGUAGAAGUGGCUAACCGAGUAGGAGUUACGUUUCUAGGCGAAGAAGGCAACAAUCUGCUGUUAAAGAUAGGUGAAAAUACAGAAAUGUACGAGAGGUUACAAGUGAUCGAAUUUACGUCGGAACGGAAACGGAUGUCUGUGAUAGUUAGAGAUAAGGAUGGAAAGAUUUGGCUGUUCUGCAAGGGUGCUGAAAGCUCAGUAUUUCCCAUCUGCAAGGACACUGCACUCAUAGAAGAUACCAAUAGAGAUAUUACAAUGUUCGCGAACAAAGGUCUUCGGACGUUGGCCGUAGCUUACAGAGAAAUACCAGAAGAGGAAUAUGCCAGGGUAGCAGAAAAUAUAAAAAAGAUAGAUGGCAAGAAUGCAGAAGCUCUGCAACAAAUAACUCAACAGUAUAGGAUACUAGAGAAGCAGUUAACCCUGGUGGGAGCGACUGGAGUCGAGGACUGUCUCCAAGAUGAUGUAGCUGAUACCCUCGCGUCGCUGCGGCGAGCUGGUGUCAAGACCUGGGUGCUCACUGGAGACAAGGUGGAAACAGCAAUAAACGUGGCACAGUCAUGUGCUCACAUAUCAGAGAACGACAGACGGUUGUUUCUCAUCGGAGUCGAGGAUGGCGCAACACUCCAAGCGCACCUGGACGAGUGCUCGAGGAUAGUGGACGAGCCGAGCUACAAGGAGCUCACGCUCAUCGUGGACGGCACGAGCAUGAGCCAGGUGUUGGACACGCCAGCAGCCGCAACCUUCGCCAAUAUAUCGCUCAAGUGUAACGCUGUGCUGUGCUGUCGACUGUCGCCCAUACAAAAGGCUAAGAUAGUGAAAUUAAUUAAGAGCAGUCCUUCACGGCCGAUAACAGCGGCGAUUGGCGAUGGGGCUAACGACAUAUCGAUGAUACAAGAAGCGCAUGUAGGCUUCGGAAUAUUUGGCAAGGAGGGACACCAAGCUGCUAGGUCAGCAGAUUUCGCGUUCACAAAAUUCUCUAUGAUAAAGAAAGUUUUACUAGUGAUGGGACAUUGGUACUAUCAGCGAUUAGCAACCUUAAUACAUUAUUUUUUUUAUAAAAACUUAGUCCUUGGAAAUAUUAUGUUGAUAUUCCAAAUACACAGCGCGUUCUCAACGCAGUCGAUAUACGACUCUAUGUAUCUGACGUGUUUCAACCUGGUGUUUACGUCAUUGCCCUGUCUCGUGUUGUCCGUAACGGAACAGAGGUGGCCGGCAGAGAUGCUGCUCAAAAAUCCAACACUAUACAGGGAGAUAUCCCGAAACAAGUUGAUGUCGUGGUCGCAUUUCACGGCGUGGUGUCUCUCCGCCACAUAUCACUCCAUCAUCAUAUAUUUAUUUACCAAAUUGACCAUCAUCUCAUCGGUCAUCAAUAUGGACGGCAAGACAGUUGAUUUAUGGUCGUACGGCGCGGCGCUGUUCCACCUGCUGAUGUUGAUCGUAAGCCUAAAGCUGUGGCUGCAGGCGCGGUACCACACGUUCGUGUUCGUAAUCUCGCUCGUGCUCUCCAUGCUCGCCUACAUGCUCUUCAACACCAUAUACUCGAUCUUCUAUUUCCAAGUCGACGGCGACGUGCUCGGUACGUACACGCGGCUGAUAACGUCAGCAGCGUUCGGACUGCUCAACCUGGCGGUGGUGGUGUGCUCGCUGGUGCCUGACUACUGCGUGCGGCUCGUGUCGGACGGCUGGGGGCGCGCGCGGGCGCCCCCCUCCCCCGCCGCCCUCGCCGCACACACCGCGCCGCCGCGCGCCGCCUUUAUCACCAGGCUGUGAACUGACACGGUGACAUACUACUCGACACGGUCAUGGAAUUAUACCCACGGCUUGGGUCAGAAAGGACCCCUUGUAACUUGCAUUACCUGGCUGUGAAUAGUAAUAAGCGACAGACUACUCAAUACGGUGAUAAUAGAGUAAUUGUAAUAACACCUUGCUUUAGAAAGGACCCCUUGUGACCGUAUUACCAGGUUAUGGACAUACACACAUACUACUGACGAUUGACUAAUGGUGGCUACUAAACAAUCAAGACGGCGGUGGAAGAUUUAUUAAUACCCACGACUCGCGCAGGAAGGGGUCCUCAUCACGAGGUUUUGAUGAUAUGUGCAUUCAGGUGUCUGCGAUUUUUACAAAAUGUUAUCUGAAUGCUAAAAGAAAUAUUAGAUAGGAGCGGAACUAAAGCUAGUUUCCACGCCCCUAUCAUCGAAUUAUAUUGGAGUAUAAAUAAAAUUUAGGAAUUAAUUUACGAAGAAGGAAUAUACUAUCUACCGAUACUCAUCGUUGAACUUUUUGUCCAUAGCAUGGAAAUGUAGAAUAUUAUAAUAAAUUAAACUUAUUGUAAGUAAUAACAUGAGAAAUAAAUAUUUCCCGAACGAAUUUAAUGGCCUCGAAAAUCGAAUUUAAUUCUAGUAGGUAUCACAUUAUGUGAAAUUGAGCUAAAUAGUGCCAUAAUGUUUAUUUACAAAUUUAGUGAAAAUUAAAUGAGACAAUAACUUAGUUAUAAUCUUUAAAAGAGUAGCAAAUACCUGUUACCCCGUUUAACGUUACAUAAUAUUUGUACUUGGAUUUUAGGAUACAAUGUUUUACACAUUGUUCUUAAUAUUGUUUCAUUUAGAAAAAUAGCAAUUCUAUGUAUUAUUAAGUCCACGGAAGUAACAAUUAAAAUACAAAGAUAUUAAAAAUGUAGCGUGUUUGUAACAUAUCGCAACAAAAAAGUAUUUACUUAUAAAAAAAUAUAAUUAUUUAAUUUAAUGUAAAUAAAAACAUAUUUAUUUUUUAGUAAAUGGG